AUGGCAAAGAAGAAGCGAUCUAGCUUUCUUUGUAUGUGUGCGAUUGCUGUAUCAUGUGAAAGCGAGGCAUCCAUGUUCCUCGAUCAGCCCGCCGAGAACAAUGUCCAUGCAGGAGAGGAGGUUGAGGUUGUUGUGGUAGACAAUCCUUCGGCCACACCCAGCACGAGCGUGGACAGUGAAGUAGCAAAAGACACAACAAGAGAGCCGGAACUAGACGAGACUAUGAUAUCCCCUUACGCUUGUGCUCCCGUUGUCAUCGAUUGCGGCCCAGGGCUUGCCACCUAUUGCGUACCAAAACACCUUCUACGUUCGCCGAAGUGGUCAACCACCGAUGCCGGAGGGACAGUUGACCUCCCGGGAGUGAGCGCAGCUACGGGACAUACGCUUGUCCACUACCUUUAUACCGGCACGUAUCAACCACUCGAAGCAAGAAGCGACGACGCAGCGUCAAUGGCGCCUAUCAAGUUCAAACAAGCCCUCUUGGCAUUUGCUCUUGCUACCAUGUACGAAUUACCGGACCUUGAAGGCCUCGCAAAAGAGCAGAUCAGAACACAUGGUUAUUCCAUGGCACUCGACGAAGUUCUGGACAUCGCGAGGAAGUGCACGUGGUUUCCAAAGAUGGCUUUUUCCUGGUUCCAUGAGUACCUGCAGGCUCGAGCCAACUUGCAAUUCAGCCUCGAUUAUAGGUACUUUACAUGCAAAGCCUAUAUUGACAGUGUGGGUGAUGGUAAGCUGCACAGAUUCAUGACAUGUCAUCUUCUGGAGACAUUUACUGAGAAGCUUACUCAUGUACCGCAAAAGUGGGAAGGCCACUGCGUGAAUGAAGAGAGGGCUGAUGCAGUGUUUGACGGAGUCGAGGAUACAGCUGGAAAAGCACAUUGUUUCUCUCGCUGCCACGGCAGACAUCCGACAGGCUCGCGCAUAGAGAGUCUUAGGAUGUCUUCUGUGUCUGACUGGGAACUAGAGCCUGCACUAGCUCCUGAACCAGAAGAGAAAGAGGAAUACGACCCAUGGUCGUUCUCGUCUAGCAGUACUGGCAAGAACAAAAAGAAAAAGAAGAGAGGCGCGGUCGAGGAGCCUCUGCCAGAGCCUGAGCCAGUAAUCGAUUCAGUGCCAGAACCGGUUCCCGAACCGGAACCUGUCAAGGAAGAGGAUCCGUGGGGAUUCGCGGCGACCACGGGCAGGAGAUCGAAGAAUAAGAAAGCCCAAGAUGAGCCUAAAGACAAGGAACCCCAAUCAUCAGAACCAGAACCAGAAGCUACGUGCGAAUCAACCCCUCCUCCCCCCGAAGCAGAACCGGAACGUGUGGAGGAGCUGGCGGUCGAUCCGUUUGUGGGACUCAGCAAAAUGCAGAAAGACGAUCCUUGGGCUAGCUGUGGUGCUGCGACAAUGACUGAGAAGAAAAAGAAGAAAAAGAAGGGCGUAAAAGAGGAGCUCAGGGUCGAAGAACCGCCGCCGCCACCUCCAGAGCCCUUCAUCGAGCCCGAACCUUCCCAACCCACAAAGCAGAAAGCGAAAGACAACUGGGGUGACUGGGGUGCAACCGCUGCUCCAAUCAAGAAGAGUGAGCAGAAGAAAGGCGUCGCUGCAAUGAUUUCAGAACCUCCAACAGAAGAGCCCAUUUCAGAGCCUGAGGUUGUAAUCAUUCCUGGGACGACCGCUGAACUGGAGCUCGUCGAAGAGAAGGAUAAUGGGGGCGAUUGGGAAUUUAGUUCGAUAUGGGGUGGUGGCAAGAAGAAAAAUGAUACUAACAAGGGUGCACUAGUGGAGCAGGAACAGAAGCGGGCAGAGGAUGUGGCUGUAGAGGAAGAAGAGAAACCCAUGCAAGAAUCCAUGCCAGAGAUAUCAAGCGUGCUUUGUCCUCGCCGCUCCCACCAUCUGUCAGAGGGCGAUGGUUGGAAAUCGUGCGAGCGAUGUCGAGCGAUGAUUAGAGAACUCGCGGCUCAGCUAGAGUAG